UUAAGACUGCAUCUCCAACCGACUUCUCCAGUCCAGCACACUACGUGACAAUACAACGCACUCAGCAAAGGGACUUCGUGUUUGUCAAGGCAGGUCCUCAGAAUGGCCACAUCCAAGUUAAUGAGAGCUAUUAGGGUGUCUGAGUUUGGAGGACCAUCAGUUUUAAAACUAUGCUCAGAUGUGCCUGUGCCAAGCCCGGGCCAGAGACAGGUAUUAAUUCGAGUGUUUGCAUGUGGGGUGAACCCAGUGGAAACCUACAUCCGCAGUGGGACUUAUGCACGAAAGCCAGACUUGCCCUAUACUCCUGGUUCAGAUGUUUCUGGGAUUGUAGAGGCUGUGGGAGAUGGAACUCACUUACUUCAGCCCGGCGACCGUGUGUUUACCACAGGGACUGUUACAGGGGGUUAUGCUGAGUAUGCUGUUGCCUCUGAGGACUCUGUUCACCGCCUUCCUGAUUCUUUGGAUUAUAAACAGGGCGCUGCCAUAGGAAUUCCCUAUUUUACUGCCUACAGGGCCCUGUUUCACAAAGCUCAUGCAAAACCUGGAGAGACAGUCCUCGUUCAUGGAGCCAGUGGCGGAGUGGGCGUGGCAGCGUGCCAGAUGGCUCGAUCGUUUGGGCUAAGGGUUCUGGGAACAGCCGGCACACCUGAGGGGAUGAACCUUGUGUUGAACAAUGGGGCUCAUCAGGCUUUCAACCACAGAGACAAAGACUACACCCAGAGAAUUAUGGAAGCCACAAACGGGCAAGGCAUCAACAUAAUCAUAGAGAUGCUAUCCAAUGUUAACCUCAGCAAUGACUUGCAGAUGUUGGCCUAUGGAGGUCGUGUGAUAAUUGUUGGUAGCCGAGGUCCAAUCGAAAUCAAUCCAAGAGACACCAUGAUCAAAGAAUCCAGUAUUAUUGGGGUUGCUCUGUUCUACGCAACAAAAGAAGAGACUGCUGAGUGCGCUGCAGCCCUGUUUGCUGGGAUGGAUGCUGGUUGGCUGAGACCUGUGGUUGGUCCACAGUACCCUCUCGACAAAGCCUCCCAGGCCCAUGAGGACAUCAUCAACAGCCCUGGAGCUGCUGGCAAAAUGGUCCUGACCAUGUGAAAUCAACCAGAACAACCAGAACUCCACUGCUUGAUUAUGUAUCUGCACCUUAUAAUGACACCACAUGGUGAAUUACUGCACAUGGUAAACUGCGGUAUUUUAAGUGCUCAUAGGACAACGUUACAACAUUAUAGUUCCAUUUUCAUCAACACCAAAUGCGUUUAAAACAAUAACUGCUUAUAUAGUUUUAACUGUAUUUGUACUAACCCAGCUUUAAAGUAUUGGUUUUUGUUACUUGAUUGUUGGAACUGGGGAGAGUAUACCAAUUUAAUUUAACUGGUUUCUACACAGUAGAUUGCCUUUUCUGCACUAAUUUACCCCUCUCCUAUUAAAGUCAAAACCGUUUUCAGCAGAAUGCAUUGUUUGUCUGUCAUAUCUAUAUUUGCAGCUUAGGCAACAUUAAGGGAACAUGAGAUAUUUUCUUUUAUCAGUCAAAAUCAUGAAAUCAAAGAAAGGAAUUUUCAUUCAGUUCUUAAAAUUUGUUGAGCAAAUAUGUUGAGCUAAUUUACUCAUGUUUUUCAUAUUUGCUGUUUUACCUCCAUUGAAGAUUUCCAUUAAAUCUCCAAUCAAAUCAAAUCACUUAAACAAUCUUUUCUUAUUUCUGGAUUUGAUCAAACUGCUGAGAAUGUUACUUACAAAAACGCAGUCAUCACAUUUUUCACUUAAUGAUGUGGUUAUCUGUGAUAUGCUGCAACUAUGAAGGGGUUUGCAAAAUAUGCUGGAAAUAAAGUAUACAUUUGCAGUUCAAAUGAAAGUGUCAUUUUCAAAUUAAAGUGUAAUUAGAAAAUAAGAAGAAUGCUUAGUCAUACAGGGUCAUCUAUUUUAUACCAGAUUUAUUGGUUCACAACUGAUCUAUAACAAUAAACUCAGAUUUUCAA